GAUAGGGAGGGGGGCGGAUUUCAGGAGCUCUCCACCACAAACGUGUCCUUACACCACAGGAAUGAAGCAAAUCAAACGGACGCCCAGCACACAGUUAUUUUGCAUAACUUUAUGGUUUAUUAUCUAAAUCUGCGUCUUUUUUGUUUCUCAUAGACUUAACGGGGAAAGUUUUAUAUCUGAGGAGGAAUACCUGGCAACGAACGGAACGCAUCAUCCGCAACCCGUCACACCUUCGCCUCAGCAUUUGAGUGCGUUGAGGAGAUCGGAUCUGCUUUCGGACUGCAUUUUCUUGUUUGUUUCUUUUUGGGGGUGAGGGACAAGUCCCUUGAAGAUUCCAGAGAAUGGUCAAUGAUCGAUGGAAAAUCAUGAACAGUGUUUCAGAACUCGAGGAUGGACAGCAGCAUAAAUCGCAGAGGAUGAGCUGUAGCUAUCUCCUAUGCACCAUCCUGCUCUUUGUUGCUGUGUUACUGGCUGUCACAGUAACUGGGAUCAUCCUUCUGAUGAACCAUUACCAAGCACCCAGCGGCCCGGACGGCCCCCCUCUCAUCAGCACUAACCAGGAUGAGGGUAAUGCCCUGGUAACCAUCGAGAGAGGCGACGGCUCCCGCAUCAACAUCUUCAUUGACCCCAACUGCCCCGACUACAACAAUAACUUCCUGCGUCUGGAGGGUGUGCAGACCUCACUGCUGCACUCGCUCACCGACCAUGACACUGAUCUGAAGUCAGUGAAAGGGCAAGAUCGGGCUCUGCUUGUUAAACUGGCUGAGGAGGUGGCCAAGCUGUCCGCCCAUGCCAGUCAGCUGAAGAUGGAGUACAACGCGCUGAGACAAGGCCAGAGCAACAUUGGACAGGAGCUCAGCACUCUGCAGACCGAACAGGGCCGGCUUAUUCAGCUGCUGUCGGAGAGCCAGAUCAACAUGGUGAAAGUGGUGAACUCUGUGAGCGACGCACUCAGCUCCAUGCAGAAGGAAACCGGAAACAUCAAGACCCGUCUCAAGGCAGAUCUGCAGAGGGCUCCGGUGCGCAGCGUCCGGCCCAAGGGCUGCGCCGGUGGAGAAGGUUCCAGACCCAGGGAUUGCAGUGACCUCUAUGCCAGCGGGCAAAGAGAGGAUGGUAUCUACUCUGUGUUCCCCACACAUUACCCAGCAGGCUUCCAGGUCUUCUGUGACAUGACUACUGAUGGGGGCGGAUGGACGGUGAUUCAACGCAGAGAAGAUGGCUCUGUUAACUUUUUCCGUGACUGGGAAGCUUAUCGUGAAGGAUUUGGCAAGAUAACAGGAGAGCAUUGGCUUGGCAUGAAACGAAUCCAUGCACUUACCAUUCAAGCCAACUACGAGCUAAGGAUUGACCUGGAGGACUUCGAGAACAGUACCUCUUUUGCAAAGUACGGCUCUUUUGGAGUGGGUUUGUUCUCUGUUGACCCGGACGAGGACGGCUACCCACUGAGCGUUGCAGACUACUCUGGCACAGCAGGCGACUCGCUGCUCAAACACAACGGGAUGAAAUUCACCACUAAGGACAAGGACAACGACCACUCUGAGAAUAACUGCGCGUCCUUCUACCACGGCGCCUGGUGGUACCGCAACUGCCACACCUCCAACCUCAACGGACAGUACCUGCGCGGCCAGCACACCUCGUAUGCCGACGGCAUCGAGUGGUCAUCCUGGACGGGUUGGCAGUACUCGCUGAAGUUCACCGAUAUGAAGAUCAGGCCAACCAAGGAGGAGAAUAAAUGAGCGAGAACUAGAAAACUCGACUAGAAGAGCUCAAAGUUGGCUGUAGGUGUUAGAGACACUCGAUGCAGAAACGCAAGAACUUUCUGGCGACAUCUUCUUUCUCAUGUUUCUGUUUCUAUCCAUCUUUCAAACCCCGUUUUCCCACCAUCUUGUAGUGUUCGUGCUAACGCCCAAUGGGCCGAUGUUUUUCUCUUGAUCUACUGUUCACAUCUCUGAAUAUUCUUACGAAACAUUGCAGGUAUUGUCAAAAAUGUACUAAUGGAAAAAAAAAAUCGAUAGUUGUUGUCUAAAAAAAAAAGAAAAAGAAAAAAAUUUACUUCUGUAGCUGUGAAAUUUAGCAAGAACGUGUAGCUUUUCAUAAAAAUAAAGACUUUUAACUCUUCAGACAUCCGACGAAGAGGCAGCUUGUCCUAUGUUAUUUUCGUUCAGUGCUUAAUCAAUAACUCGUAGUUAAACAUGACAAGGUUGCUAUUGGUGUGUCCUGCCCCUGCUGUGAUAUCUGGGAGGUAACUAGAUUUUCCCACAUGUCGAGUAAAUACGUUAUUGACCACCAGGGAUGCUCAAAGAGAAUAUGUGUCACAGUGGUGGCUUUCAGAGUGAUGGGCCACAACAGGCGCAUUUUUCACUCUGACAGGUCAGUCGGUGGAAGUUUUUAUCAAUGGAGAAGCUGAACGUCUCUCAGAAAACACAAUAAUCCUUUGGUGUUACUGCCGGCUAGAAGAGUGUUGGAUUGUAUCGUAUGCACAGUAGGUCAGAUUCACCAGAAAUCACAAUAUGAUGGAUUGACGGAGCUUUAAGGCUUAAACUUGGAGAAGAUCUGAGAAUCGAACUUGGGUUGAACUGCUUUUUUUGUUGUUGUGAACAGACUGACAGAUCAUUUCAGUAGCUUGUUUAGUAGCUCAUUAGUUUGCCAUGAGUAUAUGAUCAUAUAUUAAUUUAAUGUCAUUUGUUUCAGGUAAACUGUGAAGUUCUAAAAAAUCUCAUGCUGAAAGGAAUAGUUUACCCUAAAAUGUAAGAUUCAAGAUUCAAAUUGCAUUUGGACAUUUAAAGCACGCAUAUUAGGCCUAUAUCAAACAGACUGGCAAAAACACCAGUGCUUGGUUUGUUUUUGAGGCUCUUAAAAGUGUGAAAUGAACAUCAAAAGAUAUAUAUUGAUAUAACAGUUAGUUCUCGACCUCUUUAGUGGGGAUUCUUCAGCGACUCGUUACACCAGUAGGUGGAAAUUAAUGAGUGAAUCAUUGAUUCAUUUAUGUUCAAAAAACACAGAUUCAUUUGGAAACUAAACAAAAGGCUGUUUUAUGAGUGAACCGUUGAAUCAUUUACUUGCUUGAUUUAUUCAUAAAUAUGUUGGUUCGUUCAGAACGAAAGAGUGAUUAUUUAUACGUCAAUCGCUGAAUCAUUUACUGAUUUAUUCAAAAUAAUGAAUCAUUAAGGAAGAAACAACACUAUUUCUUGCUUAGAGGUGUACAACAUUUCUGUUUUGACUUUGUUUUCAUUGGUGGAGCAAAAAAAAGUAUCUGGCAAUACAGCCUAAAUUUAUUUAACUGUUGUAUAACAUCAUGAAUGUGAGUUUAACUCGUUUGACUGAUUUUGGUGUAAACUAUUCCUAAUGUUGCUUCUCUUUCGUUUGUAUUGUAUAUUGUUUUUUUAAUCUAUGCAGACUUGAUUCACAAAUUUUUUUCAUUUAUGGCACUGACAAUGAGCAUAUGUCAACAAUGCAUUUACGUGUUUCAUGAGUCUUUUUGUUAGUUUUGAUUGCACGGUUUUCAACAUGUCAACCUGCUGUUUUAUUUGUAUACUAAUGUAAUUUAUCCUGCCAUGUUAACUAACCCAGUGUUUAGAAUGUGAAAAUCAGUUUCAUAAGUUUAUUUGUAUCUUUAUAUUUGUUGUGACUGUACUUUGAUUAUCCUGAACAUUGUCUGCACUUUAAACAGCAAAAUCAAAACACUCAUUUCUGUUUCAAAACGUUUUACAAUCACUUUUAUAUCUAUAUUGGAAGGAAUUUACAAAAAUAGUUUUAUGAAUCAAAGGAUAACUAAUCCCUCCGAUUAUUUAAAAAAUGCAAUGUAUUUCAACAUCAGCCUGCUUUUAUUCUUCAUUUAUGUUUCAAUGGGCAAUUUACAGUAUAUACUGCAAUGCCAACCCCUACUGAAAAACCAAUUCGCCACCGUCAGAGGAGCUCAAAACUACAACAGAGCGAACAGCUGUCACAGCCCAACCAAACUGAUGCGUUUUGAUCAAGUUUGUGACACAUUCUCGCUCAAUAAAGAGAACCGCAGGCAUUUCUGUGAGGUGAAAUUGUUUAAGAUGAACGCCGCCAUGUAGAUUGAGUUUCACAGUCAAUUCUCUCUGGAAACCGUAGGAGGGCUUUCAAUGAUCCAGUUGUCCUGAUGUACUAGCAUGCACAUUCAAAACAAAGAGAAAACGCCAAUAAAAAACAUCACCUCACCUCAUCCCGCCAUGUUUUUCUUGCUCUCCACAGGUAUUUUUAAAAGAAAUGUUCUUUUCGCGUACGAAACUGAUAAAUGUAAGAUACGGACUGAGAUUGGUUUUGUUGCACCAAAGGAGAGAACGUGCGACAGCUACUGCUAUUGGGGAAUGACAGAUCUUUAGUUCAUGGCCUCAGUUACUUUCUGUGAACUUCUUGGAACUCAGGAACCCCUGCCGAUGGCCUCUCAAACUACACCUGUCUGCUGACGGCGCUUGCCAGUCAUCCGUGUAAAUAAUUUAACCGUGAAAUUGAGCAUGUCUUGCAGUAUAACAACACCCCAGGAUGACACGAGGAUGUUUUCCUUUCUUUACACAUCCUGACAUUCCCUCAAACCUACAAACCCAUCCUUUCUGACCAGCUAUGAAAGCUAUGAACGCAGAUCUACUGUACGCUAUUAACAUUUGGUAUGCUCUGCUACAUUUUGGGAAUUACGAUGGACUCAUAUUCCAUUUUAGGUCUUGUAUUAGCAGUAUUUUUUGUUGAUCAUUAAGAUGUGUUUAAUGUUCAGAGUGACAUUUAAUAAACAUCCACAGUUUCUAGCAUACUCGCUUACGGUGUGACUGGAUCGUUU